GUCCUCGAAGGAAUUCAAUAUCUACGCGGUCGCGGGAGAGCCCUCGCCGCCUUAAGUACCGAUACCAUAUUGCUCACGGAGUCCGGUGGAGUCAGGAUCGGCUACAGCUACCAAAUCGAUACAGCCGAGAUAGACGCGGUAACUCUGAAGCUAUUCGCUUUAGCUAAGGUUAUAAAAAGGCUGAUUAUAAAGAAUCCUCCGCACUAUCACACUCUUAUAACUUGGUUCGCGAACUCGAAACACGCUGGUCCAUAUUUGGAAUUGUAUUCGAUCCAUGAUUUCCAAGAAUAG